AUGGCAGAGAGCGAGGGCUCGCUCAAUCAAGGAAUGGGCGAGGAGGGGAGGCUCAGAGAGGAGGAGGAGCUUCAUGCUGUCCAGGCUUCAUCGCAUCCUCCUGCCAACGAGCUCGAUCCGCCCCUUGACGAUCAUCUCUCAAGAGAAGACCUAGGCCUGGAAACGUGCCAGCCUGCGAUACCCGUCCAACCAGAAGACGAGGCGUCAGAAGCAGCAGCACAACCACAGCUCAAUCAUGGGCCCAAAUUCUUUCUUGAUGAAGAUUUUAAAAAAGAGCUAGAGGAAGCGCACAGCAAAUCAACGCUGCCGCCCCUUCACUUCUCUUCAAGGAAAGCUGAGCAGGAUUCUAAUGGCCUUGUGCAAAAGCUAAGUUCUCGGAGCGAGAAUGGAGAGAGAAUCAUGGCCAAGACCACGUUCUCAAAGGUCAAUGAUUCUAUGGACAGCCAACAUAGCGUUUCCCGUCUACCUCCUGCGCCUUCGUCGAUUCCGACAUACUAUUCGACUCCUGAUCGAUUUGGGUCCAAUGGGAUGAAAUAUGAGGAUUCCUUCCAUUACCCUUUGUCGGAGAGUUUAGGGAUGCGAAGCGAGAAGAAGAGGCUGCAUUCGAAACGAGCGAGUAACGUGAACCAAGCCGUUCGAAGAGAGUGGGGUGCUCAGAUCAUAGCGGACUUGAAGAUUGCAAUAGAUGAAGAAUACUUAGGAUUGAAGAGGAUUCUCAGGGAGUGGAAAUACUUGAAGGAAGUCAACCAAAUACACACUCAUUUGUUCUUCGUCAUACGAAGGAACGUGUCGUACAACGCUGCAAGGCAGAGAAUCUCGUAUCGUAUCACAACAAACCUGUUGAAAUCCACAUUUGCUGGGUGGUCGUAUCAGUCAUGGCAAGAUCAAAAACUCAGACGGAAAGAGGCGCGAGCAAGAUUCUUGGCUCUCAGGACUUGCUUUUUAUGGUUUGGCUAUGCUGUUUCAGGGCAUCGGCGAGUAAGAAUCAAGUAUUCAUCGAUAAGAGACAGCAAAACACAGCUCUUGCUAACCGCAGCGUUUGAUGCCUUCAGAUCGCAGUUGUGCAAAGAUAAGAGUCUUCGCACUCUCUCCUUAUACCUCGGGAAAAAUCUAUUGAGUGAAAGUGUACAGCUGUUUCAUUCGUGGCGUGAUUUUACAGCGCGUCAGUUCUUCUUGGAGUGUACUGCAAGGAAGUGUGAAAUGCGAUGGCAAAACUUUAUGUUGAAAUCAUUCAUGGACACCUGGAAGGCACACGCAAGGCAAAACAUUGAUGCUCUGAUUUCCUUCCGAAGGGCUUCGAAACGUUCAGUCGAAAAGCUUCUGCGCGUGGUCUGUAACACAUGGAGCAUGAUAGUUUACAAGAUGAGAUGUUAUCGACAUGCUCAUUUCUUCGUGCAAUCCAGGUUGAGAAGAAGCACAUUAAUUGGGACCUUUCAAGCUUAUCGAUAUAGAAUCGUGCGGCAUAAAGAACUGCACUCUUCUCUAGCAAACCUCCUCAGCAGAAAUAUGCAUCGUUCAAUGAAAUUCUCCCUGACUGCGUGGGAUUGGGCGAUGGUUCAAACGUCCAACAAGAGGAAGACAAACCAGCUAGUGCAGAGCAAGAACGAUAGUCUGUGUUGUGAUUGCUUGAAUCGAUGGUGCUGGCUCAAAGAUAUUCGCAAAACUGCUUCAAAGAAAGUGCAAUUGGCUCGAGCGAAGAUCUCCGUUCAACGAAAGAAAAGAACAUUCAGUUUAUGGUAUACUUCACACAUCCAAUGGAGUGGCAACCUCCAACGAGCAGAAGCAUAUGUGAAGUCAAGGAAUCUAAGGUUGUGUCAACUGGUUCUGACGUCUCUAUUCUCCUUUUCAAAGUCGUUCUCGUGUACUUCACAACGGCUAGCGAGUACUCGAUGUAGGCUACGGUGGAACAAGAGGCUAAGAUAUUCAAUGAUAGAAUGGAGGCUGAUAGCGGCGCAUCGCAAAGGACUCUCUCUCAAUGAUCUGCAUGUUCAAUUUCCUGCUAAAGAGCUUCACUUCAACCUUGAAUGGCGUGAAGAAAACAUCUUCAGUCACCUUCAUCGAAUCUUCGAGCUCAAGAAGACUCGUCAGCGGCUUGUUCGCAGCCAAUUGCUGAAUGUGUUGGACCUCUGGCUGUAUGGGCACCUCAAACUUACAUCGCAAACCCUUGGAUCUCAGAUUAUAACCAAACGCAAUCUUAUCCGGAAGAAUCUCCGUCGUUGUAAGAAGCUGGAGGAGAAUGGAGAGAUCUCUGCAAGAAUGGUGAACCAAUCAAGAAAGUUGCAGUAUCUCUUGGGAUGGAAGUUCAUCAUCACUAAAAAGAAGCGCUUUUUGGAGUUACACGUCAUGAGCAAACGCAAGACUGCAUAUGAAUUCAUCGCUCUUUGGAGAACUUCGUGCGCUCGACAAAGUUGCACCAAAACUUCCGUUGCAAAAAGGAGGAAGAAGAUUCUGUCUUUAGCGUUCUCAACGUGGCAGGUUACCAGCAGGAAAAGCAGAAGUUGUGUGGGGUUGUACUUCAAGAAGAUUUCUACUUUGCUGCUCCGAACCGUCUUGGAAUGGCACGCGGCGAUUUUGAUUCAGCGAGGGGUUCGCCUCCACGUGGGGGUUGCUAAGAAAGAAAACAAGAGGGAGCUGCGCAUGCUCGCGCUCUCCCUGGCCUCUCUACGUCAGCAGGCGUUCAGGUCGCGUCAGGCUGUCGGUCACCUCAAGGUCGCUGCUCGUCGUUUCGCCAUGGCGCGAAUGAUGAGGACAUUCCGAGAGCUGCGGGCUGCGGCGCUGCAAAGAGCGACCAGGAGGAGGCACUUGAUGCGAGUGAUCGGCAUGCACGCGCAGCAGGAGCUCAAGUUUCGCUUCAAGACCUGGAGGCACUGGAUCGUGUACAAGCAGAUGACCCUGUGUGCUAUCGACAAGAUCGUUGAAGAGAUCCGGUAG